AAUAACCUACCGAAUAUGCCCAUUAUAAAGCCUUGCUUACGGCAUUGACUUGUGUAAAGAAAAAAGGCCCAGUCAUAAGUUUUGGUUCUUCUUCUCCAAGUCAUGGACGACAGCAGCUUCCCUGUUCCUCACAAGAAGUUCUCGUUGGAAAUCAAGGGGAACAAAACAGAUGUGGUGAUUUGCUGUUAUGAUGAUCACUUCCUUGUCAUUGCAACUCAAAUAGGAACUAUGGGGACCAUACUGCAAGCCAGUAAGGAGGAAGGUGCAACAUUCAAUCCAACGUACAGCGUGUCUGUAAUCUUUGGCAAGCGAGAUGAGCCAAUGCUAGAGGCCUGCGCUCGUCAACUUGUGGAACAUAUCAGUAAUUCGCGCUCUUCCAGGCCAUUGUUGCUUUCUCUUGGUCUCAAAGACCAUUCAGUGGAGACACUGAAAGGCAUUGUAUCUGCUGUAAUCGAAAAUCGCCUUUGGUGAUUGGUGUUGUGGGUCUAGUAAACUUUCCAGUUUUCAGUUUUCACAGCCGGAUUAAACCCUGGUCACAUGUAAUCAGUAGUUUGUUACUUUUGGGGUGUCUCUUGUAAUUUUCAAUUGUUGCUGUCCUUUGUUGAAUAUGACAUCUUAGCACUGGAAACGGUCUAGAGAAUGAAAGUAUUGAACCAGUUGAUGAAAACUCAAAUUACUUUCACUC